AUUCCGAAGCGCUGCCUCUUAUAGAUUUAGGUUUUCCUCUCUUUCCCGACUUGUUUUUACUCCAGCGUCUCUCUCCUCCUCCUUUCCAUCGUGACCCCUCUCUUUCUACUUCGAGAAAUUCUCAAGUUCCUGAUCGCUUAGCUCUUCGCUUCAAGUCGACUAAUUUUUUUCGGUAUUUCUCCUGGGCUUUGUUUUUGAUCACAAUCUCGUAGGCUUGGCGCUCUUUUUUAGUGGAGCUUAUCUUUGAUCAGCAUGGAUUUUACAUUUGAAAAUCCAGGGUGGGUUUUCUCUCAAAAAGAAAAUUCAUCUUGGGCUGACAACGUAUACCAGAAGGUAGAAAAAAUUCGUGCCAAUAAAAUGGUUCAGGUUCCUUGCAAAUAUGUUAAUGUAAUGGGUGAACAUGUUAAAAAGUUCCUUGACGAGGUUGACGAAUGGCUUGACCCUUCUAGUAAUCAUGCUAAAGAGACAGAUUUUGAUAAAUCUAGUGAUACUGAUUCAACAACAGAGCUUUGGAAGAAAUCAAGUGAAAGAGUUGAUGAAAACAACUUAAAUGAGUUAGCAACUUCUGCCAUAGAGGAGCCUAUUAUUUCUUCAAUGGAAGAUAUGAAACUAGUCACACCCCCUGAUGUAGCCCAAGAUACUCUAAGCAACGAACGUGAAAAGGAACAAAUUCCAGCUGAAGCUACAGAUUCUAGUUGCACAGGUGUGGAUGGAAAUUAUAGGAAACUUGCGGAUGCAUUCACAUCUUCUGACUUCACAAGUGCUCUAUCAACUGAUGAAGCCCUUCCAUCAGAGUCCCGUAAAAAAAAUAUGGUUCUUGAAGAAAGGUUCAUGUUGUCAGGCAAUAAUGCAUCAACUGAAAUAUGCAAUGUCAUUGUAGGCACCUCUACAUCUAGGGGCAUAGCAUCUCUUGUGCAUUCUCUUGGAAAUGAACAUCAGCAAAAAUUUGGAACUAAUAGAUCAGAGGCUGAUGUGCAAUUACCAGAAUCUGCUGUUUCAGAAAUUUCAGACCUCUCUGCCAGGGAAAGCUUGUUCAACAGUACUGAUCUGGAUGACCUGAGCACAGAACUCGGAGAACUUGAAGAUGUAGAUCUUCAGGAUAGCUGGGAUGAUGACGAUGAAGACUAUGAACUUGCUUUGGUCUCAUGUCAGGAAUUCAAGAAUAGGUCAUACAAGAAAAAACUCAGGGCUGCUAUAAUUUCAAAACUGCGACCGUUGAAGGAUUAUGGGCAGGCAGCAUAUUGGCACCAGGAUAACAGUAAGCGAAUGCAAGACAGGCAAGGAAUUACUGCUGCUUCUAUUCACGAUACCAUGGAGGCUGACUGGGAGUUCCUGUAAGGUUGUGAGAAGCUGCUAACUAGGCAUUCCAUCUAAGCGAGCUAUUUCUCUGCCAUGAUGCUGGCUAUGCAGUCCGAUAGAUUAAUAAUAAGCCAUGCUCAAUUCAUUAUACGAGCCAAUUUGCAAAAAUACUUGCCACACGUUUGUGCUUCCCUUUCUGGGGGCCUUAAGAAAAAAAAAAACUUUCAUUAGGAACUUUAUUGCAACUAAAGUUUUUUGUUCAUAUAUAUUAGCAUGGCGUUUUGUGUAGCCAUCAUUUUUUUAGUUUUUUUAGUUAUGCAAUCAGAGUUCUCAAUAUUACAAAUUUAAAGCUAAUAUCGGUUCAUGCUUAAAAGAAAA